AUGGACGAACCACCGCUCGAAUGCACAGCUUCGGCGGCCUUGCUGAGCCCACCGCCGGCCGCCGCAAGCGACCUGCUAGCUUCUCGCCCCCCGCAGGGUCACGGCGAGCUCGACUCCAAGGAUCUCGUGCCAGCCCAGAGCAUCGAGCAAGCAGACAAGCACCAAUUCAAGUACGAUUCGGACGACUCGCCUGAAGACUUGAUCGUGGCCCACCCGCCGAUAAACUCUGAUGACGACAAGUCUAUCAGGCAACGCCCUCUCAACCUCGCGGAGCAGCUCGAGAGCGAGAAGCGUCGAUAUCCCGGCGCGAGCACCUGGGCUGCCGCGGAGGAGCGUCUGUUUGAGAUUUUGUUUCUGAGGCAGGACCUGCCCCUGCUGCCGCCGCACUGGGAUGUCGACUUUCGCGGCGUGCCCAUGGUGGAGAGCAUCUUCCAGGCGCAGGAGAAUUGCCGACCCAUCAUCUUUGCCCACUCGAGCAAGGAGUUUCAGGCAACCAUGGCCCUGCUGAGGCUCAUCGAUCUCACGGCCAACGUCAGGACGACCUGCCAGUCGGGCCUGCGCCACAAGGCCCCGUCGCUGAUCAAGAAGAGCAUAUCGAAGUUUAUCAGCUGGGCCGCCGAGGACGGCGGCUACAGGCACCUGCGCUUCAUUCCCAACAUUGUCGUCGACACCAUCGACGCGGACAUGGGGGAGGGCGACAUCACCAAGACUAUGGAGCGGCGCAUGCGCGCCCUCGCCCGUGUCCAGCGCGAGUUCCUGCGGCUCGACGGCGACGGCGAAUUCUGGAAAGUCGACGAGCAGCGGGAGAGGCAUCCUGGAUACUCGCUACGUGAGCUGCUGAUCGAAAAGUACAUGGCACGCGAUGAUGAAGGGGAGCAUGCCAGCCCGCCGUCGUGCUCACCGUCCGCCGAAUGGGCAGCGGACGAGGGCCGGGUGUCUUCCAAGGCUCCAGAGGAGCCCGGGACCUCGCAGGUUGCCGGAGAGCCCCCCAAAGCAGACCUGGACGACGGCACUCGCGUCAAGACCGAGCCAGACCUCGGCGAGGAGGUGCCGCUGCUCAUGAGUGACAAAGGUCACGUCCAGCCCGGGCCCCAAGACAUGCAGAGCGAAGCAAGAUACCGCCGCACGCCACCCGUCGUCUACGGGCUCUUCAUCCUUCGCACUGCCGUCUUCCUUCUCACCGUCGACGCCGCCAAAGGCCCGACCGCCUACGUCAGUUAUCACGUCGACGUGCACCUCAUGGAUCGCCACCAAAGCGUCUGGAACGCGCUGACGAUUGCCCUCGCCGUCUGCCUCGCGCGAGACGAGAUGAUGACGCGCGUGGAAGACUUUGAGCCCGAGGACUUGGCCGACGAAAGCGAUCCCGAUGUCUGA